UUGGAGCUGAAGGAGGAGUGGCAAGACGAGGAAUUCCCCAGGUGAGGACCGCGGCAGACGAACCUUGGGAAAAGGGAGGGAUGCUCAGGAAUGGAGGGCAGGGAUGAGAAACGAGGGCUUGAAGGAAGGAGGGGGGAAAGGCAGAGGUGGUAAAAUGGUGGAGGGGCGAGAGGUUUGAUAAAUUGAUACCUGGCUCCAUGUGGUUAAUCUGCAUUUAACCUCUCCCCUCUAGACUUCUUCCUGAGGAAGCUGACCCUUCUGAAGAUCCUGAGGAUCCCGAGAGAGCCUCCCAGGCAGGUACGCCCAGCACUUUAGCCCUGUGUGGCCCACGCCCCAUGCGUAAGCGUCUCUCUGCCCCAGAGCUGCAGCUGAAUCUGACAACGGAACCCAGAGGCCAUGGAGCUUCUGCCACUCACUCCGUACCUUCCUCUCUUGAUGGCAGUUCUGACCUGGAGGUAGACGAAUUGGAGACACCUUCAGACUCGGAGCAGCUGGACAGUGGACAUGAAUUUGAAUGGGAAGAUGAGCUGCCCCGCGCAGAGGGACUGGGGGCCAGUGACGCAGCAGAAAGGCUGGGCCGGGGUUGUAUGUGGGAUGUGGCUGGAGAAGAUGGUCGUCACUGGAGGGUGUUCCGAACAGGACAGCGGGAGCAGCGAGUGGACAUGACUGUCAUUGAGCCCUACAAGAAAGUCCUCUCUCAUGGAGGUUACCAUGGUGAUGGCCUCAACGCUGUCAUCGUCUUUGCUUCCUGUUAUCUCCCCAGCAGCAGUGUCCCCAACUACACCUAUGUCAUGGAGCACUUGUUCAGGUAUAUGGUGGGCACUCUGGAGCUGCUGGUAGCUGAGAACUACCUGCUUGUCCACUUGAGUGGAGGCACGAGCAGGGCCCAGGUCCCAGCUCUGGGCUGGAUCCGCCAAUGUUACCACGCUCUGGACCGCCGGCUCCGGAAAAACCUGAGCGCUCUGGUGGUUGUCCACGCGACCUGGUACGUGAAGGCAUUCCUGGCGCUGCUGCGACCCUUCAUCAGUUCCAAGUUCACACGAAAGAUCCGUUUUCUGAACAGCCUGGGAGAGCUGGCCCAACUCAUCUCCUUGGAUCAGGUUCACAUCCCUGAAGCUGUCAGACAGUUGGACCGGGAUCUCCAUGGCUCAGGAGGGACCUAGCCUAAGACAGGAACCCAGGACCCUGAUCAGAACCAAGCAAAGAUAUCCAUCUGCCCGUGUCCUACCCCUGAAACAUCCGACCCCCUCAUCCUCAAUCCCAGUGCCACUGGACCUUCACCUGUCAUUCCUCUCAUAACCCUGCCUUCAAAGCGGGGCUCCGAGGCCCGCCACCUGAUCUGCCCGGGGAACCAUCACUUCAGCUAUAGGGGUGCAUGUAGGGGUGUCUUGUGCGGGAAAGGGCGAGGCUGUGGGUGUUAGUCCUGCUGGAGCUGCAGAACCGUCGGCACAGAACUGCGUCUCUCUGAGU